CAUUACACACCACAGUGCUCCAAGAACAAUAUUUUUACCAACUACUCACUCUCAAACAAACACAGGGAGAGAGAAAUCAUGGUUGGUGCUCACUUCAACACCAUUCUCCAUGCCACUUCAAGAUCAUCUUUGCUAAAAUCCACUACCACUAACCCAUUCUUCAACAACACAAUCAAGAACUAUGGACAAGCAAUCAAUGGAAACCGUAGCCGUUUGAUGGAAGAGAGGGCACCCUCCACAGCUGAAGAGUUUCAAAGAGUUGCUGAGGAAAAGGCCAGAGAGACGAAGGAAGGGCCAGGAACUCAGAAUGUUGAAAAGCUAUGUGAUGGUGCACAAAUCGGUGACUCCAAGGUUGGAUCUGUCAAGAACUGAGAUUAGAAUUUAGAAACCCUUUCUCUGAACUAUCAGAUUUCUACUGUAUGCGCAACUAGAAUAAGAUUAUGUUAUUUUCCAUGAACUUAAUUGUAAGUGUUUUCUGCACCUAGAAUAAAUGAUAUUAUUGUUGGAUCUUCUCAGAGAAAUACGUCUGAAUUCCUAAGAUGGUGUCGAAUGAUUUCAUCAAAAUCGGAAAAAAAAAAGGUAAAAGGUGAAAGACGUAUAUGUAUUGUUUUGUAAUGAAUAAAGAGACUUGGUUGGGAUUUUAUUGUUUUCC